GCGCCGCUCUACAGACACACUCACACACAGUGUGCCUAAGCAAAGAAACGCGGCAGCGCCAAGUCCCAGACUCCUGAAGUAGGAGCGACUCAGCCGGAGCUUCUGGAGCAGCUAUCAGCGGAGUGGAGACGUCCCCUCAGGAACCGACCGGGCCAAAGGACUCCAGACUACGGGCUGUCUCGUCAUGCAGCGGCAGCGGGAUUUGGAGCUUCUGUGAACGGAUUCAGCAAAGCCCAGUGAGAGGAGCUCGGAGCGGACAACGCGUGCUGCUGGCUCUGUGCAGUUUGCGUCUGAUGUGCACUGACACUGCACUUUGCUGUAACUGCGCUUUUCAGCAUUUUUGUGAUUCCUAUUUCACGCACAGCCGAGAUUUCUGUGGGAAUACUCCAGCCUGAGACGUGAAGUGCGAGUGGGAACGUCCUGUGGAAAGAUACGUGGCUGGUAACUCAUAGGUUGAGAUAUCAUCCCCACUGCGGCGCGGUUUUUUUCCCUCUCUCUCUCUCUCUCUCUCUCCGUUUGUGGACAUUUUUUUUUCAGUGAUGUGCAUAUAAACCGACGGCUGGAAUAUCACAAGGGACUGACUGCAGAGAACAUUUCCUCAAUCCAUGGAGAGUGCGCCCUGGGAUCUUGACAAGCCUGCAGGGAGCGUCAGGGGACGUGAGGAGAAGCCACGUUUAUAAAAGCCGUGCGUAAAAAUAACAUAGCCCAAGGCACCCCUCAUUGCCGGGCGCGUGACUUAUAAAAACUUGGUGAAGAACUCUUUUGUGAGACCUUCUCUCUCUCCCUCUCUCCCUCCCUCUCUACCUCUCUCUCUCCCACUCUCUCUCUCUCCCCCCCCCACUCCCUCUCUCUCUCUCUCUCGGGACGCUCCGGAUCUAUUCCGUCUCUUUAGAAAACACUUCAUUCCAUGCAGCUCUCGCCUCGGCCGCUGUCAUCCAGUGUAGACAGUUUGUCGUGGCUUCGAGUCCCCGGGGUAACCAUGACAACCCAAAGAAACCCAAAGUGAAUCCAAGGGAGCGGGGUGAGGCCGGAGAGAGCGUGAAUAGAGUUUUUCCCCAUUUUGUUUCGUGCUUUAACAACAACAACAAAACUAUUUAGACUGAACACUUUUUUGUGCGCAAAGCUGCGGCACCGCUUGGCGCUGCAGAGUUGCGUCAGCGGGCACAUUGCAAAGUUGAAGGAGCCCUAAAAAAGAAAAGCACUCCGCUCCAUGUCAUUCAAACCCGGCGUGGUCUAUUAAAAGUAUCGCCUUGCUGGUGACUGGACUUCUCCUCUUUAUGAAGCCCCGGGCUCCUCGUUGCAGACAACACAGCGACCGGGGACAGAACUGAAUACUACUUUACGCAAGAGACGAACCGGUGCGUAAAACCAGAGGAAUAAUGGGCCUCUCACACACGCUUCUCUUUUACGUGCUGGUGUGUGUUCACCUUGGAGUUUCCCAGCAUUACCUUCGCCUCCGUCCAUCGCCCAGCGAUCACCUCCCUGUGCCCGACCUCAAAGAGGACCCCGACCCGGAGUACGACCCCCGGGAGCAGGACUUGGCGGAGAGGACUCUGAGGAAAAAACUCGGCAGUAACUUUGACCCCAACUUCAUGUCCAUCAGCUCGCCGAUGCUGGUGAACCUCUCCGCGCUCGACAACCAGGUGAAGCUGCAGGGGCCCAUGCCGAACGAGAUUAAAAAGCUGGACCUUACGGAGACCCCCUAUGGAAAGCGGGUCAAAGUGGGCAAGAAAGCCCGCAGGAAAUUUCUGCAGUGGCUGUGGACCUAUACGCACUGCCCAGUGGUGCACACCUGGAAGGAUUUGGGCGUGAGGUUCUGGCCACGUUACAUCAAGGAGGCGAACUGUUUUUCUGAGCGCUCGUGCUCCUUCCCUGAGGGGAUGUCUUGCAAACCCGUCAAGUCAAUCAACAAGAUUUUCCUCCGGUGGUAUUGUCAAGGGUUUCUAAGACAGAAAUACUGUACGUGGAUACAGGUGCAAUACCCAAUCAUCUCAGAGUGCAAGUGCUCGUGCUGAUUUUCUCGAAGGAAGUAGUGGAGGUCGAGGGGGAGUGGACUGGAAAUACGGUUUCUAUUGCACUGUUAACUCUCUACAGAGGUGGGCACCAUAGCAAAUCUAUUUUUUUAUAUAGCAUUUUAAGUGAAAUACCAACAUUGUACAUAUUUAAGAAAAAUGCAGCUAUUUUUUCUAAUUGAACCAGGACCAUAUUUUAUUCUCAACCCUGAAACGUGUUUUGGGGGAACACGAGCACUUCAUAAAGAAGAGCUUUUUUUUUUGUGACAUUUUUUAUGAGACAUUGAAGAUGCAAUGCAUAUGCUACACUUCUCCAAGAGGUGAACUUUUUUCUUCAACUGAACAUUGAUGCUGACUGUUAUUUCACUGCAAUGCUGCCUAGAGUGUUUGUAUAAUAUUAAUAUCAAUAAUAAUUAAAUUGUAAAAAAAAAAAGUUGAGGUUAAAAAUAUAUAUAAAGGCGUGAACUCAGCUUUUUUGGAAUACAUAGUAUUGUAGAAAUAAACAAAUCUGUACGUUUUAUUUAUUAUUUUAACGAUUGUGAGUAUAGAGCAUAAGGAAAGAGAAUAGCAGAGUAUACCAGAAAAAAUAUGGGAGAUGUCUACUUGAAUAUUUCUAAAAAUUUGAAAAAAAAUGAAUAAAAUAAAUAAUAAAUAAAACAUAUCAGUGUACAUGUUAUGUUUACACGUUUUAGCAAUAAAGUCUAUCCUGUCAACGUGUA